UCAGAAUUUAAUUCUGAUUAAUUCCAUGUGAGAGUUCUCAUGGCUAAACCUUUUCAGUAUUGAUUUGGGUACCCAUGUGUUUUUAUAAAUUCCUGAUGUGUAUCAGGGAGAGGUGGGGAUUUGUUUUAUUAGAUAAAAUUCCAUUUAUUUCUGAAGUAUGCUGUAUCAAUGACCAGAUGAUCUUCUUGAAUGAGGUUAUCUGAAAUGAUCAUAACUUCUAUGAUGGCUUAUUGCUUUUUCCUUUUCUGGGCCUAGUUUUUCCAUCAUCAUGAGAUAAUUAUAUCUCUUAAGGUCCCUUCCAGCUGUAGCACCUCCAGUGAUAUAAAACAUAAUGUCUCUUUAGUUUGAUAUAUCAGUAAGCACAUACAUUCUCCUUACUGUAGGAUGUGCACCUGUCUUAGUGCUUUUCUAACAAGUCAUUUAAACUAGGGUGAUAUAAGUGUCCCUAUGUUAUGGGUGAGGAGGAAUGUGGCACAGAGUUUAGCAGUUAUCCCUAGGUCAUCCAGCUAAAAGGUGCCAUAGCUAAGGCUCAAAACUAGGUAAAUGUGUUCCCAUAAUCACCAUACUCUGCUGCCUCCCAUCUUGUCAUAAAGUAUUGAUUCAGUCUUGUGUGCAAAGAACAAGUUUAGAAAGCUGGAAGCCAUAGGGAAGCAUGAGGCUGCUUUCUAGAAUCUUGGCACUAAUACAGAUUUUUGUAUUCUUUGUAUGCAUUGUGUGUAUGUCUGAAGGAUUCCAAGGUAAGAAUUUGGAUGUGGAAAUACCUUAUUGGAAAAGUAUAUAUUAAGUGUUUGGUCCCAGGUAUUUAUUUAUUUUUGUUGUUGUUGUUUUGUUUUUGUUGUUAUUGUUUUUGUUUUUGAGAGACAGCUCCCAUCCACUGGUUCACUCCCAAAAUGCUCACAAUCAACAGAACGAGGCUUAGUCUGAAGCUGGGAGCAUGGGUGGCAGGAACCCAAUUAUUUGAGUAAUCACUUGCUGCCUCCCCCAGUCUGCAUUAGCAGGAAGCUGGAGCCAGAAUCCAGGUGCUUCAGUGUGGGACAUAGGUGCCUUCCCGGCUAGACAAAACUCCUUAUCUGGUUUGAGGCUUUUGACUGGCUUAUUUAGGAUUGUUUAAAGAAACCUUAGGAUUCUAAUCUGACAGUGAUAAACCAGGUCAAACUCUUGCAGGCAACUAUGGAAACAUAAUUGGCCCAAAUGCUUGCCUAUUUGGUACUCAGAAUUAAUAAGAAAUUGUGUAUAGAGAUUAAAACAGUCAUGUUGCAACAUUUUUCUUUAAAAAGUUUCUUGUAAACCCAAAUCCCCUUAUGUAGGUUAAUAUGAGUUUCUUUAGGAUAAUAAUGGAAUCUUUUCUUCUCUGUACCUGCCAUUGCACCAAGGACAAAAUUCUUUCAUAGUAUUCAGUUAAUAAGUGUUGAAUGAGGAGCCAGUGCUGUGACACAGCGGAUUAAAAUCCUGGCCUGAAGCGCUGGCAUCCUAUAUGGGUGCCAGUUCGAGUCCUGGCUGCUCCUCUUCUGAUCCAGCUCUCUGCUAUGGCCUGGGAAAGCAGUAGAAGAUGGCACAAGUGUUUGGGCCCCUGCACCCAUGUGGAGACCCAGAAGACACUCCUGGCUCCUGGCUUUGGAUCAGCUCAGCUCCAGCUGUUGCGGCCAAUUGGGGAGUGAACCAUCGGAUGGAAGACCUCUCUCUCUUUACCUCUCUCUGUAACUCUUGUCUUUCAAAUAAAUAAAAUAAAUCUUUUUAAUAAAAAGUUAAAAAAAUAAGUGUUGAAUGAAUGAUCAAUUUCAUUUUACAGAAUGCAGGCUGAGUCUCCAAAGGACUGGAUAGCCAGGACCCUCAAGGAAGUUCAGCUGAACAGGCUUUCAUGAAAGAAUUACUAAAGACUAAAGGAACAGACAGGAGCAUUGACGCACCCCACUGUCACCACACCCAGGCCAAUAGGGGCAAGAGGAGACCUGUUAUGAUGAUGUGUGUAGUACUCACCACACUUCCCAGCUUCAUCUUUUCUAUAGCAGUAACUGAGGUUCAGAAGACCAUUAAUACUACCGUUGAUGUAUUACCAGAUACCUUGCCUGACCUGCCAGUAUCUCUGGUUAUUUCAUCCUUGAUCAUCACUGAUAUUAUUGAAAAACUCAGGCUUCAUCCUCUUAGAGGGUAUCAAAAGAGUAACGAAGAUAAACACAUCCACACGUCCUCUUUGCAACAAGUAAGAACUGUGACGGAGCAAGUGAGGCAAAAUGGAGAGAACGCUGCCUCUCCCCGCGCAGCCAGCCCCUCUGAGACGUGGCAGCCCCCAGGGACACUGACACACAGCACCGUCCCCAUGUUCGCUGGGCCCCAGGAGCCUUUCUUUGGCUCGGGAAUCCUGAAGACAAUGUCCCGGCGAGAUGUCCGGGCCGAGAUAUUCCUCUGGAGCUUUCUGCUGUGGUCUGACACGAUAGAGAUGGUGCGAGUGGCCGGUCACCCUAAUGUGUACAAGACAAACUGGCUGUAUCCAGUCUACUUAUUCAGUUUCAUUUCUCUCCUUCGCAUUAUAUUCACCCCCCAAAAUCCUCUUCUCAGUUUUCUGGGCAUCCUGCUGCAGGAUUUACCCUUUGUGUUUGUCAGGCUCAGUUUGAUCAUUGUCCUGGGGACAAUCACACCUGUCCUUGGCCUUUGUAAAAACGUGCUAGUGACUCUCUCUUAUGUUUACUUCAAUUUCUUAACCAGAUUCAGGGCUUUCUCUAACUUUGAGUUGUCUCCAUUUUGAAAAGAAGACUCCUGUUUUUAAAAAGAUGAGACCUCUUCCUUGAGUAAACACACAUUACAGCAGUGGCUUUUUUGUUUUUUUCUCCUUUUUUGGCAGAGCCUAAAUUUUUGUACUAUAGAAGAAAUGAAGAACAGAUUGUACAGAGUAACCUGUUUUUAAUUACUGUAGAUAUCAAUUGUUAAUGUAUACAGUUGGUGCUAAAGUUCAACAAAGUUGUGUUCUUAGAAGUUGGUGCCCAUACAUCUCUUUCUGAAAAUGUUAGUACUUUCAGUUACAUCUUCAAAAAACUCAUGGAAAAUGCAUAUUAUGAAAAAACUAUGCAUGGAUUUCCAGAAUUUUAUACCAAAAUAAACUUAUCUUUAAUUCCAUUUUUCUUCAAAUUUUUAAGUACCCAUAUACAACAUUUUUUCCAGUAACACUCCUUCAUAAAGCCUUUUUUAAAACUGAGAACAUAUUUUCCCACUACAUGAGCCCAAGAAUGAGAUUUUUACCAUUUAUGCAAAUUAUGGAAUAUUACAUGAAUUAAUCAGAUUUUAGGAAAUACACCUGAAGUUACUGAAUAAUUUUUAAGAUUAUUCUUUUUUAAAUUUGAAAAUUAUACCUUAGAGUCUCUUUCAAACACAGAAUUAUAUUCCUUAUCCCACUCCUUCAGGUGACUUAUUUAGUUGAUUUCCCCAUGAGAAACAAUUCACUUGAACAGGUGUUUCACUCAGGUGAAGGUUUAAUCUAGCUGUUGAACUGGAACUGCAAUACUGACAUGAAUUUUGUUUACUGUAAUGAGGCAAGGUACAUCAGUGAUCUCUAGAUAAAGUUUUAUAAUGGGAAGCCAUAAAUUGAAGAUGUAGAUUUCAAAGUGUAAUAUUAUUUUAUUUGUGGAAUUUGAUACCAUCAUAAAAAUAAUUGAGUGCAAGCACUAUCUAAAAUUAGAAGUUCAAUGUAUGAAUACAAUGGCAAUUACGCCAGUGUCUUACGUGAUGCUCUGUUGUGACUAUCUUCAUGUUUUGAAAUAAUCACAUGCAAAAUCAUGGCAUUUGCCUUCACUAUGUGGGGACACUCCAAAAUUCAGGGCAGAGGUGCUCCAUCUCAUGUGACUUUUCAGACGCUGGACAGAUUUGUAGGAGGCCUAGGAGCACAGUGUAAUGAUUUGUGUAGCCAGUCUCUUUCAUGACCUGGAUGGAUGACAGACCUGGUAUGUUCCCUGCUCUCCACUAAAUCCCCUAGUCUCUCACCCCUGCUACCUUCAGGUUUUUAUAAUCUCAUAAAGGAAGGUCUAAGUCAUUGUUGUUCAACCUUGCCUGCUAGUUUUAUGACCUGUGACACGUUCCUGAACCGCUGUGGCCCCCAUUUUCAUAUCUAAAGAUGAAUAUACACCUAAAACCACUUUAAUAUGGAUGAAAGCGUGAGGACUGCUCCCAGCAUGCUAUCUGGCAAACAAGAAUAUCUGUAUAAAUGCUAAGUAUUUUCAUGGUGCCUGUCCCCAGUAAACAACUAAAUACAUUGCUGCUUUGUUCUGUUUUAUUCUUUCUCCAUGUCCCUGCUUAGCUUUUGGGAAAAAUUUAAACCUUGAAUUUCUGAAAAGUCAUAUGUGAAAUCUGACCAGAGACUAUAACUUUUUAUCAAGUAGUAGAAUGUUGAGAAGUGAAUAUGCAGCAUAAAACGGAUGUAAACAUUUGCUCAUCAGACGUUGGAGAGUCACCCUGUGAACUCCAGUUGUGACACUGUAUGAAGGCUUUCAUUGUAUGUUUACUCUUCUGUAUUCCUCACUAAUCUUAUUCCUUAAAGAAAGGUCUGAGGAUAUUUUCUUUAAUAAUGCAUCUUUUACUGUCAAUAAAAACCUGUAAUCAAGUGAUUAAUUUAAAAUAUUCCUACAUAUAGAAAUAUUUUACAUAAAUAUAUAUUUAUUUUAUAUUGGAAUUUAUAGAGAAAUGGUGCUUAGGUAAACUCAGAGGUAUUACUUGAGUAUUACUUGAGUUUAGGAUCCAUGUCAAAGGGAUCACACAAACAAGACUAGUGUCUGCUAAUACUAACUGAUAGAAUCAAAAAGGGAGAGAACAAUCCAUCAUGGGAAGUGGGAUACACAGCAGACUCAUAGAAUGGCAGAUGUUCUAAAUAGCACUCUGGCCUCAGAAUCAGCCCUUAAGGCAUUCAGAUCUGGCUGAAGAGCCCAUGAGAGUAUUUUAGGCAUGGAAAGCCAAGACACUCUGGGAAGAGGAAAAAAAAAAAGAAGACCUAAAUGAAAGAUCUCUGUGAGUGAGAUCCCAGUGGAAAGAAUGGGGCCAUCAAAGAAGGAGGUACCUUUCUCUGAAGGGAGGAGAGAACUUCCACUUUGACUAUGACCCUGUCGGAAGAGGAUCGAAGUCGGUGAACUCAAAGGCUUCCAUAGCCUUGGCAACUCAUGACUAGAGCCUAGGUAGAUUACUGAUGUCAUAAACAAGAGUGUCAAAUUGUUAAGUCAGCAACAGGAGUCACUGUGCACUUACUCCCCAUGUAGGAUCUGUCCUUAAUGUGUUGUCCAAUGUGAAGUAAUGCUAUAACUAGUACUGAAACAGUAUUUUACACUUUGUGUUUCUGUGUGGGUGCAAACUGAUGCAAUCUUUAUUUAAUAUAUACUGAAUCGAUCUUCUGUAUAUAAAGAGAA